UCGCUGGUGUCCGUAUUUGAGCUUAUUCUCGUAUAGCGGAAGUGGGGUCGUUCUUUUCCCUGCAGAGUCUAACAUGGCAAGAGGACCGAAGAAGCACCUGAAGCGCGUCGCAGCGCCGAAGCACUGGAUGCUUGACAAGCUAACCGGAGUUUUCGCUCCUCGUCCUUCCACCGGUCCCCACAAGCUGAGGGAGUGCCUGCCCCUCAUCAUCUUCCUGAGGAACCGCCUCAAGUAUGCUCUGACAGGAGACGAAGUCAAGAAGAUCUGCAUGCAGAGGUUCAUCAAGAUCGAUGGCAAGGUCCGCACCGACAUCACCUACCCCGCUGGGUUCAUGGAUGUGAUCAGCAUCGAGAAGACCGGCGAACACUUCCGUCUGAUAUACGAUGUGAAAGGACGUUUUACUGUCCACCGCAUCCGCGAUCAGGAAGCUAAGUAUAAACUGUGCAAAGUGAAGAAAAUCAUCAUUGGCACUAAGGGCAUCCCCCACCUGAUUACCCACGAUGCCCGCACCAUCCGCUACCCUGACCCCCUCAUCAAGGUCAACGACACUGUUCGUAUUGACCUGGACACCGGCAAGAUCACAGACUUUGUCAAGUUUGAUACCGGUAACGUGUGCAUGGUCACUGGCGGUGCCAACUUGGGGCGUAUUGGUGUGAUCACCAACAGGGAGCGUCACCCUGGAUCUUUUGAUGUAGUGCAUGUGAAGGAUAGCACGGGCAACAGCUUCGCUACCAGACUCUCCAACAUCUUUGUCAUCGGCAAGGGCAACAAGCCGUGGGUGUCCGUGCCCCAAGGAAAGGGAAUCCGUCUGACCAUUGCAGAGGAGAGAGACAAGAGGCUGGCUGCCAAGCAAGGCAGCAGCUAAACCAACAACCUGACCCCUGGUUUCCAAUAAACUAUUUACAAAAUGGUC